GCCUUGACUUGAUGUUGGAAGAUAUUGGAAAGCUACCAAACAUCAAGAGGACAUUGGAGAGGGCUAUAUCACUAAAUGGGUAUAUUUAUAAUCGCUCAGGGCUACUCAACAUGAUGAGGCGGUUUACUGGACAAAGGGAAUUGCUUAGGCCUGCUAAGACUCAGUUUGCAAAUGCUUUCAUCACAUUAUCGCGAUUGCAUGAACAAAAAAACAAUUUGAGGAAGAUGUUUACAAGCUCAGAUUGGUCAGAUAGUAAAUGGGCAAAAGAGCAAAAGGGGAAAACUAUAGCCAACAUAGUUCUAAUGCCUUCAUUUUGGAACUCUAUUGUGUUUUGCUUAAAGGUUUCGGGUCCCCUAGUUCGUGUGCUUCGUUUGGUUGAUGGUGAAAAAAAAGCUCCUAUGGGAUACAUCUAUGAGGCCAUGAAUAGAGUUAAUGAUGCAAUUGUGAGAAGUUUUAAUGGAAAUGAAGAGAAGUACAAAGAAAUCUUCAACAUCAUUGAUAAGAGGUGGGAGAUUCAGCUUCAUUGGCCUUUGCAUGCAGUAGGGUACUUUUUGAACCCGAAAUUCUUCUAUGAUAAGCCAGAAAUAGAGCAUGAUGCCGAGAUUAUGAGUGAUUUGUAUAAAUGCAUCUUAAGGCUAACAAGAGACCCUGCUAAGCAAGAAAAAGUUGUGGCCGAAGUGAGUUUGUUCACAAAUGCCCAAGGACUAUUCGGGAAUGAGUUAGCUAUUAGGACAAGAAAGACUAGAGCACCAGCUGAAUGGUUGUGA